CAGUAAUGACAAAAACGAUUCUGAAGGCGUUGCAGCCUGAAUAUCCCAUAUUGAUUUUGGCUGAAGUUCACAGAGGUAAACCAUUGAAAGAGAGCUCUUUCUUUUAAUUAGUUAACUUUCGUGCAAUGUCUUGUCGGAAACUCCCACCAGUCAUUUGUUUGCAACGUUAUUUCCUGCAACGACGCUGAGAGGUGAAAUGAGAUGGUGUGUGUUUAGCCAUUGAGUUGAACGAAGGGGCAUGAAAUAAGGAGAAAUGAAGGACAGGCUGGUUGAACUGGCAGGUGUUACCGCCAAAGACGUCCAAGAGGACGACCGAGUAGAUAACAGCGAAGACGUGGACAAUGGUGAACUUGAACAGCAAGCAGUGGUGUUUGAGGGUGAUGACAUCAUUGAGCACACCUUCAGAGAAGCCCAAUCCAUCCAGAAAGAAAUCGCCCAGCUCAGGAUGGAGGUAAAGAAUCUGGGCAAACAAAACACUCGCUUUCUCACCUCAGUCAGACGCAUCAGCGUCAUCAAACGCGACUCUAACACGAUUGCAAAGAGCAUCAAAACAAAAGGGGAGAACCUGUAUGCUCGCAUACAGCAGAUGGCUGCACAUUGUAAAGAGUUUGAGGAGAAACAUGGACCCCAAUCGGCUUUGGUCCGCAUGAUACGCCACCAGUUCGUCUCAAUAACGGCCUCAUUUCACGAGGCUAUGAGCGAAUACAACAAGGCUGAAAUGGCGCAGAGGGACAACUGCAAGACUCGCAUCCAAAGGCAAGCGGAAAUCAUGGGUAAAGAGGUGACCGGAGACCAAGUUGAAGACAUGAUCGAGACAGGCAAGUGGAAUGUCUUCUCGGACGACUUGCUCACGGACGGGCAAACCACUCGCUCAGCGCUCAAUGAGAUCGAGAAUCGCCACAAGGAGCUUCUGGAGUUGGAGAGUCGCAUCAGAGACAUCCAUGAUCUGUUUUUCCAGUUGGCCUUGCUGGUGGAGGAACAGGGGCCCAUGGUGGACAACAUUGAGGCUAAUGUGUGUGCCACCGAGGACUUUGUGGCCAAAGCGACAACUCAGAUAGUGAAGGCUGUGAAAUACCAGAAGAAAAACCCUUGUCGACGGUUCUUCUGUUGCUGUUUUCCAUGUUGCAAUAAGUGAUUUCAGUGUUCAUGCCGUGCUUUUCCAUUUGACAUGCGUUUACAUAAGCCGUAGCAUAUUAAACGAACAACAGUCUUGUGUCCAUGUGCUACUCAUGCUAGUGUUAAAGGAAUAAUUCAUCCAAAAUGUAAAUUCUGUCAUCAUUUACACUCCAUCAUGUCAUUCAAACAAUGGUCCCCUUCUGUGGAGCACCACAGGCUAUCUUGGUCACAAAGUUAGCCUCAGUCACCACUUACUUGUAUUGCAUUGCUUCAUAUGCAGUACAAUGCAAGUGAAUGGUGAACACCUCUUUUUUUUUUCAGAAUAACAUGAUGAUAGAAUUACAAUUUUGGGGCAAACUGUAACUUUUAACUAAACGUCAUGUGUUUUACAGUGGCCUAUAUUAACCUGUACUCCCAUUUAAUAUUAAGAGGUCAUUCAUAACCCAUGGCCUAGUGCCCUGCCCUCAUUGGGUGUCACUGAAAAGUUUUGUGUCUUAACCACAGAAGCUGCAAUGCCAAUGAGUCAGUCAUACUGCAAUCGUGCAACUGUUUUUUUUUUUUACUGCGUGUGUCACGGGACAUUUACUUGAUGUGAUUAAAAGAUAUUAAACCGGAAACCAUAAGCGAAAAGUGUUUUUACACUCAUGUACAGUGCACAAGCAUAAGUAAUACAGAAUUAUGUUUUACUGACUAAUUUAAAUUACGAUUUGAGAAGGA